GGCUGUCCCACGUCAUAUUGCAGCCGCAAAGCAACGCGAUUUACAGUUGUGCUGCAGCGACGGCAUCUGACAACAACAGUAAAGCACCUGAGCACCUGACGUUUUUAAUAACCACCUUAAAACUGCAUCAAGCACAAAAUACAUGCGCAUUAUCCCCAAGCUAUUACAUACCUUACCUAGUAUUUAAGAUCCUUACCAAAUCAAGCAAUGAUCCAUGUGUAGAUCUACUUCACUACUUCAAUAGUAUACCGAAACUAAAAUAUUGUUGCGCCGCACCGACUACCGAAAGAUUAAUUCCCCGUGAACGAGAACGAUUCCAGAUUUCCGAAAGAGUAAAACGGAACGCUUCUUAUACUUUAGGUACCUGCCUAAGGUACUUACAAUACUACCCGUCGCUUCACCACUCCGAAUCAAUAGACAUGUUCAUAUCGAGCCAUUCGCGACGAUAGUAUGAAGGCAGUCCUUCCAGGCCAGCCCGAAGCCAGUCUUCAAGCUGUGUCGACAGGUUAUUGGGAUGGCAAACGCGUCAUCGUUUACAUCACCGGCAAUGCCCUCGCGAUUCUAUCGGAUCCCGAAACUAUCCUCCAGACUAUAUAUGACAAUGACGAGCGCAGUUUGGAAGCUGUAUCCUUUGACGAACGCUCGGGGAAGAUAGCUGCGUGUACGGAUGCGACCGUGAGGAUAUACCGGCCAUUGAGUCACGGCGAGGACGGUGGUUCGCCCAAGUGGGCUUUACAAACGUCGUUCGAAGUCGAUGGAGGUUCAACGCCUGUGACUCUAUCUUGGGGAGGCUCCGAGGAGCUCCUCGUAGCGCGAUCAUCCCUAUGGCUCUACGACACAACCUCGACGCCACCUUCUUGUCGUUGGAAACAGGAGCUAGCCAACCCCGUGAGAGCUGCGAAUCUAUCUUACGACUCGUCUUACAUAGCGUCCGUCGGUUAUCAUGAUCGCCUAGUAAAAGUGUGGCGACGGAUGAACUUCAGUUCGGAUGAAGUGCAGUUUGAUUUCGGCUAUCUUUCUCACCCGCGAGCAGUAACCAGCAUACAAUGGCGCAAACCCUUCCACGUCGACCAGACGAUCGAGAACGUGCUCUACACAUUUUGCGCCGAUAAUAUCAUGCGCGUGUGGACGGGUGCAGACCCUUCUAGCCGCCAGUCGCUACUGCAUCACUGGGGACAGGUGGAUCUAGCCGCGGCGGUGCGGGAUGGGCGCGAGACAAAUAAACAGAAGCCGAUCUGGGCUUUCAUCCUGAGCCAGCGAGAUCUCGCUAAUGCCACAGAAAGAGCCGUCCAGGAGAGGGGGGAUGGGCAAGAGAGGGAAGACGUCGCCCUUCAGUAUCUACUUUCCAUCGCCAAUAGAGACACUGAAAUAUGCGUCGUUUUUGAUGGGCGCGGAAGUAUGUCGUCUUGGGCGUUAGAGAGCGUAAGCAGUAAGCUCAGGGGUAAUAAUAAUGUGGAUAAUGUUGCGUAUGUUAAAUCGAAAGACUUUGAUUUCCUGGGCUCGGCAGCAAAGGAAUCCCACCACGUUGAGAUUCUCAACUAUUGUAACAAAAACUCGGGAAACUUACACAUGCUAUUUCACCACUUUGAUGGAAGGAUUGAAGUAUUCGAAAGCAGCAUCGCGGAUUUCCUCGACCCGACCUCCAAAGCUAAAAAUCGACUAGUCCACCGCGCAACCUGGUCCGGACAUUCCGCUCCGGUUAAGAAGAUUGUACGAAAUUUCAGCGGUCAUGCGAUUGUGUCCAGGACGGAGCUGGGCGAAAGCAUUGUCUGGAGACAUACUCCUGGCCCGCUGCGAACAAAGUUGUUACGGCAUAAUGUCAUCCCAGAAAAACGGCAUAUACAUCGAAUAUGUUUGAUCAGGGGAGGUCGUUUUGUUGUAUUCUUGCAUCACGAAAGUAUCUCGGUUUGGGACUGCACUUCAUCAACACAUACGCUUCUCGCCGAUCUCAAAUAUCACGUCCGCGGCAAGCCCCUUUGUAUUAUUGUGCUUCCUCGCGAGCGGGUAGAUGACGAUUCCGUUGCGCAUAUUGCGACGAUUACUUCGGAGCAGGAGGGGAUCGUCUGGGAGCUCCAUUUGCCUCUGAAGGAUAACACUAACAAAGCGCAGGUUAACGGCCACGAAAAAGGUCUCCGGGAGUUUUGCACGUUCAAGUUAGAGGAUCCUGGCGACCUUGCCUAUGUCUUACCCGUUGAUCCCGCUGGGGUUUCACACGUCAUAUCUGGAUUCUUAGACGUGUUUGCUCGAGAUGUCGCUGUGUCGUACACUCACAGCGGCCGUGUCGAAUUUUGGACCGCUAGAGUUUCGCAGGAACGCGGCCAGGUCGAAUGGCUUUCGACAUGUUCGAUGGAGACAGGUGUCCAAGAACCCGCAUUGGUCAGCGGUAGCAUUCUGAAGAAAGCCGCUCUCGUGAAUGCGCAUCGUUCGGAAUUGACGAUAUGGGAUAUCCGAGGAGCCCGGUUGGAAUACAAGGAGGACUUCGAGAGCCAUAACCCGGUGCAAGACCUUGACUGGACUUCAACACCAGACUCGCAGUCAAUCCUUGCCGUUGGCUUCCCAUAUCGUAUUAUCCUCCUCGCGCAGAUGCGCUUCGACUACUUAAACAAAGGCCCUGCCUGGGCGCCUAUCCGCGAGAUCAACAUCCGAGAUUUCACUCCCCAUCCCAUCGGGGAUUCAACCUGGCUUAGCGAUGGCAAUCUGGUCAUUGGCGCUGGUAACCAGCUAUUUUCGUAUGACAGGACUUUCGAGAUAACCGACCGACUCAUCUCGAGCGCCCGCGUACCUCAUCGUCAAGACGGUACUAGAGACCUAUAUGACAUAAUUCAAAGACUAAACGGACCGUUACCAAUCUUCCACCCUCAGUUCCUCAGCCAGUGCAUCCUGGCGGGGAAGCACAGCGUGGUCCGGCGCGUACUUCUAGCUCUAAAUCAUACGUUAAAAUAUCAUGUGGAGGGCGAUUUGAUCGACGACUAUCUGGGUCUGGAUCUUGCAGAUUUUUACAUACGCAAAGGGUCUACGUCUAUUGGUAGCAACGGCUCGUCCUAUCUCAUGUCCCAGGUGUCGUCUGACGACACUAACCAAGUUUUCACGGAAGAAAUCGCCGCAUCUAUUUGUGAGAAACUGCAACAAGUUACCAUACCGCGACUUUCGGGCCAUGAGCAGAUUCAACUGGCCGACAUGGUUGAGUGCGUCGGAAUUGUUGAAAAGCAGCGUCGCUCGAUGGACGAGAACGGGGCUCGGUUUAUGUUAUUCUUCCGGCAGCACGCGUUAAGGAAGGGCAGAACCAACGAAAUUCACAUGUCGUGGAGAGAAAUCAACUGGGCUUAUCAUUCUACCAGUCAGGAUAUACUAACUGAUUUCGUGUCCCGCCAAUAUCACGGCACCAUGCUGUGGGAGAACGCCAGGGAAAGCGGCAUGUUCAUGUGGCUUACAGACGAAGCCGCUGUGAAAACCCAAUUUGAAAUUGUGGCCCGGAACGAGUACACGAAAAGCGAGAUGAAAAAUCCGGUGGACUGCAGUCUCUUCUAUCUCGCUUUGAAGAAGAAGGCCGUUCUUCAGGGCCUGUGGCGUAUGGCAAGCUGGAAUCGGGAGCAAGGAGCAACGCAACGACUUCUAGCGAAUAACUUCGACGACCCCAAAUGGAAGACGACAGCUCUGAAGAACGCAUACGCUCUUUUGAGCAAGCGCCGUUUUGCAUACGCGGCAGCCUUUUUCCUCCUUGCAGGUCACUUGCAAGAUGCGAUGAAUGUUUGCAUCAAGCAGGUCAAAGACAUCCAGCUCGCCAUCGCCAUCGCGAGGGUAUAUGAAGGUGAUAAUGGACCCGUAUUGAGAAAGCUGCUGGAGAACGAGGUCCUCGCUCUGGCUGCUCAAGAGGGUAAUCGUUGGCUUGCGUCAUGGGCGUUCUGGAUGUUAAAGAGGAAAGAUAUGGCGGUUCGCGCUCUCAUUACACCUGUCUACACUUUAUUAGAAACCCCAGCUUCGUCAGACAAUUUAAAGGCGAAGCUCUUCCUAACAGAUGAUCCGGCUCUUGUUGUGUUAUACUCCCAGCUUCGACAGAAAACAUUACAAACGCUCCGCGGGGCGUCUAAGGUAAUGCCGAGGACGGAAUGGGAAUUCGUAAUACAUAACGCCAGACUCUACGACCGAAUGGGUUGCGACCUCCUCGGUCUUGACCUGGUUCGCAAUUGGGAAUUCCUCCGGCAUAGUACAUCGACGGCCCCGGACCUUGGCGGUGAGAUCGAUCCCAGAGUGCUUCUAAAACGCCGCAGCUCCCUAGUCAUCCAGGACAUGCCAAUGUCACCUGUCGCCCCGACCGACAUGAAGACAGGGAGUCACAACGUCAAGCCACCGCCUAGAGUAUUCGAGGAGCCAGAUGCCAAUUCACUUCUGGAUAGUUUUGGUUUCUGAUCCUCGAUAGGCUACUUGGCAUGAAAAUACCUAUAGUAUGGAUUAAAUCCUUGAGACAGCGUUUCUUUCUGGAGCAUUGUAGGUACCUGGUAGAUAAAUCACCAAGGCCCGGAAAGGUGCUAGUAGAAAAAUGGGCAUGCUUGGAGGGAAUGUUGAUAGGAGUUGAAGAGACGAGUUCGGAGUGAGCUUUGUAUUAUAAUAAAUUACUUUAAUAUGUAGCGUGCUAGUUGCCGAAUGUUAGAAAUCCGAGCCUCUCUGGUUUGGAUUGUUUGUUUAUCUUG